UUUAAUAUUAUUAAUUGACAAUAAUAAAUUAAUAAUUCACACUUUUGCUUUCCAAAAACUAAUGUUUCACUAAUGUUUCAAUCCUACCUUAAUUAAAUGAAAUAAUGGCGGGCGUAUACCUCUCACACUUUUGCUUUCCAAAAAUAUAAGAAGUUUGGCCUUUUCCAAAACAACCAUUCUCGACGUACACACCCUUGUACACACCUUAUACACACCAUGUUUAUGGAGCUUUUUUUUGUCUGUGAAUCCGGUUCACGGACAAUAUUUUGUUUGUGCAAAACAUUGUCUGUGAAUCGAUGUUAACAGACAAAAAAAAAGCUUUCACAGACAUAGGUGUGUACAAAAGUGUGUAUAAAAGUGUGUACAAACAACAUUUUUGUUUCCAAAAAUAUGACGCGCUACUUCGCCCAACGGAUCUACGCAUCUCUUCUCUGCAGCCAUCGACGCAAGACAUCCCACGCAGUCAUCGAGCUAAUAUGUCUUCUUCGCUGCUUCUCACCUCCUCGCAUCCCGGUCAUUCCCUGCUUCCCACCGGUAUGAAGGCGACGGAGAUGGUCUGCAUCGGCGACGAAAGCUUCAUCUUCUCCAUUUUCACUGCUUUUCUUCGCUAUCCCUGUUCAAAUCUGUUAACAAUUUCAGAUCUGUAAGAGUUCAGAUGGGCUAUGGGGCUGGGGCGAAGAGGGCGGUGGUUGUUGGGGCAAGGAUGCGCUGUUGGUCGGUGCUAGGGGCGGAUUCGGUUGUGGAGGGGUUGUUGGGCGGAGUUAGGGGCGGAUUCGGUUGUGGCAAGUUGUUGGCUGGCGCUGGGGGCGGAUUUGGUUGUGGCACGUUGCUAGCCGGCGCUGGGGGCGGAUUUGAUUGUGGCACGUUGCUGGCCGGCGUUGGGGGUAGAUCUGGCUGUGGCAGGUUGCUGGGUGGCGUAGGGCGGUGCUUGGGGGUGGCUGGGGAGGAGGUCGGGGGCUGGGAAGGGCUGGGGAGGUGGCUGGGGGCUGGAAGGGGCUGUGGAGGUGGCUGGGGGCUGGAAGGGGCUGUGGAGGUGGCUGGGGGCCGGAAGGGGCUGGGGAGGUGACUGGGGGAUGGGGAUGGGGGAUGGAGAGUUGAGUCAGGGCUGGGGCAGCGGCCGGGUGGCGGUGGCGGCAACGGUGGCUUCAGUGUGGCAUGUCAAUAUGGCUGAGUAACUGUGGUCGGUGGGCCCGCAAUUAUAGUGACCGGAGUCACGGACAGUGACUUUUGUCCGUGAGGCAGUCACUGUGACGCCGAAGUCACUUGGGCGUAGUCACUGUGAUUGGUUGGACAGUCACUAGUCCGUGGGGCAGUCACUGUGACGUCGGAGUCACUUUGGCCGGAGUCACUUUAAUCGGAGUCACUAUCACCGGAGUAACGACGGUGCCAGCAGCGGCAGCGGGGGAGGCGGUGCCGGCGGAGGCGGUGCUGGCGGCGGCGGGGUCGGCGGGGUCAGCGGUGCCG